AUGCGGCCGGCCGUUGUCGCCACUUGCCUUCUGCUGCUGGCACCCAUCACUGACUCUUGGUGGGCGUCUGGCAGCGCAGUGAUUCUAGACCCUCGAAUGGUGUGCAAGAAGAACAGGCGGACCCGAGGCCGCCUCGCCCAGAUCUGCAGGAACGAGACUGGCCUGCUGAAGGAGAUCAGCCGAGGAGUGACCCUAGGAGCUAGCGAGUGUGCGUACCAGUUCAGAAAUCGAAGGUGGAACUGCACGACCCAGCGGCGCAGCAUGAGAAAGAUAUUGAUGAGAGAUACAAGGGAAACUGGGUUUGUGAAUGCCAUCACAGCGGCGGGUGUUACGUACGCCAUCACGCGUGCUUGCACCGCAGGCUCGCUGCUCGAAUGCUCGUGUGAAAAGGAGGUGCCAAAGCCGCGUCGUGGCCGCGUAGCGAACAUUCCCCUCCCACCUGCGCCCGCGCAGACCGACAGGUGGCAAUGGGGAGGCUGCAGCGAUAACGUACGCUUCGGCCUGCAGAAGUCCAGAGAAUUCAUGGACAGUCGAUAUAGGAAAAAGAGUGACAUCAAAACUCUGAUCAAGCUUCAUAAUCACAACGCUGGGAGGUUGGCAAUUAAGUCAAACAUGAGGGUAGAAUGCAAAUGUCACGGCCUGUCAGGAUCCUGUACGCUGAGGACCUGCUGGUGGAGAAUGCCGACUUUCAGAGAAGUUGGCGAACGACUAAGAGAUAAAUUCGAAGGUGCUGCUAAGGUAAUAGCCAGCAAUGAUGGAGACAGCAUCAUGCCAGAAAGCUCGAAUAUAAAACGACCUGGUAAAAAGGAUAUCAUUUAUUCAGAAGAGUCACCGGACUUUUGCUUACCAAAUCUGAAGACUGGAUCUCUCGGAACGCAGGGACGACAGUGUAAUGUUAGUUCAGCGGGAACAGAUAGUUGUGAUCAGCUGUGUUGUAGACGAGGGUAUAUUCAGAGCACAGUGAGAGAGACUGAGAACUGUAAUUGUCAAUUCAAGUGGUGUUGCGAAGUUAUAUGUGAAACGUGUUACGUUAAACGUGAUAUACAAACGUGCUUAUAA